UCUUCCAUUCUCAUAUCAUAUUUUCUCACUAUCUGUUUCCUUACACUGCUUAUACAUUUUCCAGGAAAGUUCAAGAUUUCCUGGAAAAAGUUCUGAUUUAAUAUACAGACCCAAUUUUCAUUUCCUCAUACCAGAAUACCCAUUUCAUAUCUUCUGCAAAAUCUACAUAUACAAAUAAUAAAAAUAAAAAAAUUCCUAAUUUUUUUCCAAUGGGGCAAGGGCAAUCCAAAGACGAGUUGCUCUACCAGCAAGUCAGUUAUGGGAACACCGAAGGAAUCAAAAGCCUUCACAGAGACGGUGCAGGCCUUGAGUGGAGGGACAAAGAUGCGAAGACCCCCUUGAUUGUUGCUUGUAUGAAUCCUCAUCUUUAUAAUGUUGCGAAAACUUUGAUAGAACUUGGAGCCAAUGUCAAUGCAUAUCGUCCUGGUCGUCAUGGUGGGACUCCGUUGCAUCAUGCAGCUAAAAGGGGCUUUGAAAGUAUUAUUAAGUUACUUCUCAUGCAUGGCGCUAAUCCUUUAAUACUAAAUGAUGAUUGUUUAACUGCUCUGGAGGUUGCCAGAGCCAAAGGACAUGGUGGUGCUGUUCGUACAAUUGAGAGUCAUCUGUGCUUGUUCUCCGGUUGGUUACGUGAGCUUCAUGGACCUGAGUUUCUAGAAGUAGUGGCUCCUCAGUUGUUAUCUAGAAAAGUUUGGGUGGUUGUUUUACCAGUGGGCUCCCGAACUCUUACCAAACCUUACAAGUUGGAGCUUGCCAUAUAUUCUAAUUUGCAGGACGCACAACCACGUACAGUUAUUGCACUGUGGAAGGCCAAUUUACAUCCAAAGAUACACCAGUCUGAUCCGUCAGUUACAAUUGUUGAUCAAACUACUAAAACACGUGUUAGACUUGGGCCUGCAAGUGAGAAUGACAAGCAACAACUUGCAUUUUUUUCUAAUGCUUGCAAAGGAAUUCCUCAGGCAAGUCCGGCAUUCUUGCAAAACAAUGCGCCUACAGGUCCACCCACAGCGCCACCAGCUGUAGAAGACACAGAGUUGGCUAUGGCCAUCAAUGCAUCCCUUCAGUCUGCCAUGCAGGAGAGGCCAUCUUUUCCUGAUACACAACCAAACUCUGAUGCAAGCUCUUCAAGCACUGCAGUGAAUACAGGCAAUCAUGGUUUUCUUGGCACACCAAAUUCAAAUACAAGUGAAAGUGAGCCGGUGCAAGAAACUAAAACUGGUGGCAAUGGUGAUCACCACCAAAGCCAUGUCAAUGCUAGUGAAUUGGAAUUCAAUCCAUCGGCUCCACCAAUCGUGGGUGAUAUUCCAACUGAUGGUCCCAUUCAGUAUCCAUCAAUUGAUUUAAGCCCUGUUGAUAUGGCAUCUUCAGAUGUUGAUAAGCUUCCUAAUGGAGAAGGAAAAACUGCAAGUGGAAGUGGCUCAUCAUGUGUGAUAUGUUUAGAUGCUCCAGCAGAAGGGGCGUGCAUUCCCUGUGGUCAUGUUGCUGGAUGCAUGUCUUGCUUGAACGAGGUGAAAUCAAAGAAAUGGGGUUGCCCUGUAUGUCGAGCUAAGAUAGACCAGAUCAUAAAGCUAUAUCAUGUUUGAGAUUUGAAACGGUGUGGAAAAGUUAGCCAUGUUUGUGCAUGUUCUCUACAUAUUUGUUUAAAAGUUGAAAUUUUCUGAUAGAAAUAAAAAACAGAAAAAAUGUCUAUACUAGAAGAGUCCAAGUCCAGCAUGGGGGCUUUGUGAAUAUGUUAAAUUUAUAUGCUUUAGUUCCAUGUACUUGGGGAUUCAAAUUAGCAGUUCUGGAAGGUCAACUAUGGAGUGAAACUAGUGUUGUUGCUGGUCUCAAUUGUCCCGUUGUGAUUCUGCAUCUAAGAGACCAUGAGUGAAAUACAUUGGUCCCAGGAUUCCUGGGAUUUGUUUCAAAUC